AUCAAAGGAACAUGCUUCACAAGUCCUGGUUAGGAAACGCCGUGCAAACUCUGCAUUUGAAGAAACAAAACAGGGCAAUCUUGAAAGGGAAUGCAUUGAGGAACUGUGCAGCAGAGAAGAAGCCAGGGAGAUCUUUGAAAAUGACCCUGAAACGGAUUAUUUUUAUCCAAAAUACUUAGGUUGUCUUGGCUCUUACCGAGCUGGAUUAUCUUCUGCUUCAUAUCAGUCAACCAUUGCUUAUCCUGACCUGAGGAGCUGUGUCACUGUCAUUUCAGACCAGUGUAACCCUUUGCCAUGCAAUGAAGAUGGAUAUAGUAGCUGUAGAGAUGGCCAAGCUACAUUCACUUGUAUUUGUAAACCAGGUUGGCAAGGAGAGAAGUGUGAAUUUGAUAUAAAUGAAUGCAAAGAUCCCUCAAAUGUUAAUGGAGGAUGCAGCCAGUUUUGUGAUAAUAUACCUGGGAGUUACCAUUGUUCCUGCAAAAGCGGUUUUGUUAUGCUUUCAAAUAAAAAGGACUGUAAAGAUGUGGAUGAAUGUGCUAUGAAGCCAAAUAUUUGUGGCACAGCUGUGUGCAAGAAUAUUCCUGGAGACUUUGAAUGUGAAUGUCCUGAAGGCUACAGACACAAUCCUAAAUCAAAGUCUUGUGAAGAUGUGGAUGAAUGUUCUGAGAACAUGUGUACUCAACUUUGUGUCAAUUACCCUGGAGGUUAUUCAUGCUAUUGUGAUGGGAAGAAAGGAUUUAAACUUGCCCAAGAUCAGAGGACUUGUGAGGCUGUUCCAGUAUGCCUUCCUUUGAGCCUUGAAAAAAAUGUUGAGAUACUUUACUUGGCAGAGCAGUUUGUAGGGGCUGUUUUAUAUAUAAGAUUUCGUUUGCCAGAAGUCACCAGCUUUUCAGCUGAAUUUGAUUUCCGGACAUAUGAUUCAGAAGGUGUUAUACUUUAUGCAGAAUCUCUUGAUCACUCAGCAUGGUUCCUGUUGGCACUUCGUGAUGGAAAGAUUGAAAUUCAAUUUAAGAAUGAGGAUACAGCCAAAAUCAUCAUUGGAGGCAAAGUUAUUAAUAAUGGUCUAUGGAAUAUGAUCUCUGUGGAAGAAUUAGAACAUAGCAUCAGUGUUAAAAUAGCCAAAGAAGCGGUGAUGAAUAUAAAUAAACCUGGAAACCUUUUUACACCUACAAAUGGAUUUUUGGAAACCAAAGUAUACUUUGCAGGAUUACCUCAGAAAAUGGAAAAUGUACUCAUUAAACCGAUUAAUCCUCGUCUAGAUGGAUGUAUACGAGAAUGGAACUUGAUGAAUCAAAAAGCUUCAGGAGUAAAGGGGAUUAUUCAAAAAAAACAAAAGAACCAUUGCCUCAUCAAUGUGGAGAAGGGUUCCUACUAUCCUGGUUCUGGAGUUGCUCAGUUUAGCAUAAAUUAUAAUAACAUUUCCAAUUUUGAGGAUUGGCAGAUAAAUGUUACCUUGAAUAUCCGCCCAUCAACAGGCACUGGUGUUAUGCUUGCCUUGGUUUCUGGUAAAACAGUGCCUUUUGCUUUGUCUUUGGUGGACUCUAUCUCUGGAAAAUUUCAGGAUGUCCUGGUGUCUGUUGAAAGUACAGUGAUAUCUCGAAUAGAAGCAGUAGAUUUGUGUUCCAGUCAACAAUCCCAUCUGGGAUUCAAAGUCAACAGACACAACCUGGAGCUGUGGAAUACAUUUGAAAAAGAUGCCACCUUCUCUGAAGAUCUUCAAAGUCAACUUGCCAUCUUGGACAUAGCAAUGAAAGGACCAGUGGUCACUUAUCUGGGUGGCAUUCCAGAUGUUCCCUUCAGUGCUACGCCUGUGAAUGCCUUUUACAAUGGCUGCAUGGAAGUGAAUAUUAAUGGUGUUCAGCUGGAUUUGGAUGAAGCCAUUUCUAAACAGAAUGAUAUCAGAGCUCACUCCUGUCCGUCAGUUUUGAAGAACACAGACAAUCAUUAAGGCAUCUUCUUCUGCUGAUAAUAUCUCUUUUCUGUGUGAAAUUACACUUAUGUUUCAAUA